UUACCUAACUAACCAAAAAUAAUUUUGAAAAUCGAAAUCGCACAUUUUCCAGGUUUUUAAAGUUUUAUAUAUAAAAAGUAAUUAAUUUUAGUUAAUAAUAAGUUUAAAAAAUGGAUGCAUACGAUAUAUUUAAAAAACUCACAAAUGGUCUUCAUUUUCCUAAGGAUCAACCCAAGAGAAUAGUUAAAAAGGAAAUAGCUUUGGAAGUGGAUUCUGGAGACCAAUCUAAAGAAAGCAACCAUAAUACCACUGUUACAAUAUUGAAUGGAAUAACUAGUCAACAAAAACGCGGAAAGAAACGGAAAUUGUUAGAUGAGAAUGAGAUUUUAAGAAGGAAAAAACUUUUAGAAAAAGAAGAGGUUAAUCGCUAUAGGAAUAUGCAUGGUAUAAGUGUUGUUGGAAAAAACCUUCCUGCGCCAGCUAGAUCAUUCAAUGAUUUUCUUGUUGAUCAGGAUAUAAUUGAGAAUUUAAAGAUGUGUGGAUAUGAGGAACCCACUUCAAUUCAAAAGCAAGCUGUGCCCAUUUUAUUGCAGGGAAGGCAACUUCUAGCAUGUGCACCGACCGGUUCAGGUAAAACGGCAGCAUUUUUAAUUCCCAUUAUUCAGAAAUUAAAACGUCCUAGAAAAAAGGGUUUUCGGGCAUUAAUAUUGUGCCCAACAUAUGAAUUGGCUCGCCAAACUCAGAGAGAAUGCAUCAGAUUAUCAGAGGGUAGGGGCUUUCGGAUCCAUAUUAUUAGCAAGAUUAAAAAGACACUUUCACAAUAUGGACCUAGUAGUAAUAAGGGAUAUGAUAUUUUAAUAACCACUCCAAACAGAUUGUGCUUUUUGUUGAAGCAAGAUCCGCCCAUCUUGGAAUUGUCAAAUAUUGAAUGGUUAAUCGUCGACGAGGCGGACAAACUUUACGAGGAGGGUAAGCACAGCUUCAGAUACCAGCUGAUCAGUCUACUAGCCGCUUGCAACAACGUUAACAGAAAAAUAGCAAUGUUCAGUGCCACUUUCACGCCGGCAUUGGCGAAAUGGUGCGUGCGCAAUAUGAAGGGCCUAGCUCGGGUCACCGUUGGUAACAGGAAUACAGCCGUCGACACAGUCGAACAGCGACUUCUUUUCGUCGGCAACGAGCAAGGCAAGCUGAUUGCUAUUCGAGACCUUAUCCGUCAGGGCAUCAAUCCUCCGGUGCUAGUUUUCGUUCAAAGUAGGGACAGAGCGCAGCAAUUGUUUAAGGAAUUGAUAUACGACGGGGUCAUGGUGGCCGCCAUGCACGCCGAUAUGACCCAGACGCAGAGAUAUAAAACAGUGGAGGCGUUCCGCGAGGGACAGGUUUGGGUACUCAUCUGCACCGAGUUAAUGGCCAGAGGCGUCGACUUCAAGGGCGUCAAUUUGGUCAUCAAUUACGAUUUUCCGCCGUCCGUUAUUUCCUAUGUUCAUCGGAUCGGACGCGCGGGCAGAGCCGGACGCAAAGGAAAGGCUGUCACCUUUUUCACGAGCGACGACAGGGACAAUUUAAAAAGUAUAGCCCACAUUAUCAGAGAGUCCGGUUAUGAAGUUCCCGAUUACAUGCUGGCGUUGAAAAAGCCCAAAUCAACUGGCAAGAAAUUGAAAAUGACACCCAAAAGAGACGAUAUUGUAACGAAACCAUCAUAUCAUAGAAUAAAGGGCAGUAAGAGGAAAAAAAUCAGGGAAAUUAAAAAAAAAACAAUAUCAAAAGAGACAGAAGGAACGACAGAAAAGAAGCGGGUAAAGCCAAAAUCCAAAAAAGAAAAGUUGAAGAAAGCUGAUAGGUGAUUUUCAAUUUUAUUUUAUCAAAAUUUCAAUAAAAUCCU